ACGUGUCAGGUGAGCACCUAAAAUUUUCUAUAGCACAAAGGGUGCAACUUGCUCCUUACCGGUCUUUUAAUAUAUUUUUAAACUUAAACCUCCAGCCACCCUUGAGCGAGCCUAUUCCCAUUGUUGUUGAUAUGCAGUUAUCCGUACAUCUACAUACGAAUUUAUUUGUUUUCGUUUGGUAAACAUUUUACAUACAUUUUUUUUUCCUUUUUCAGACAAAACAAGUCACACUUGAACGGUUUUAACCUUUUCUGCAAAGAGAUCGCUAGAGUAGACGAACAAAUAAAAGACAUGACCUUUGAAGAGAGGAAUUCUUUCCUUGCUGAGAGGUGGCGUGAGCUUCCAGAGGACGAAAAGGAGGAUUUCAAUAGCAGAGUACUCUCAGAUGAAGUUGUUUCUGAUAAAGAGCAAAUAAAUAGGACACUCAAGAAAGUUAAACGGGAGUGUCAAAACCUAAAGGAUUUAGGUGUUAAGUGUCUUUUUAUUUGCGACACUGGCAACGGAAGUAUGGACGUUCUUGGCCAUCCAAGGGCAAUACAAUUCGUAGAGAAUUUCCGGCUGGCUCCAAAGUUUUACUCGUUUGUCAAUGGCGAAGGAGCAUCCGGAGGAGAAAGGAUAACGACGUCCUCCCGAUCGGAAAAGGAAGACUUGCGUCGCCAAGUAAUUGACCUCUUCAACAGGAAAUACAGUGAGGCAUGCGGAAAGAGUGACAGGAGAGUCCCAUAUAAGGACAUUAAGUGCAAUAAAAUUUCUCUUUUGGUGGAAAACAUGGGUUCACUGUCCUUAAAACACCCAUCAGGCUAUGGAGUGGGUAAUUUGAAGAAAAUAAUAGCGGCUAAAAACGACAUUAUCUUCAAACUUACCGCUCCAAACACGCCCAUACCACCACAGACGAUUAGUUCCACAAUACCGUUAACGCAUACCACUGUGACACCUCCAAUAAGCGCCAACACCACAAUCAUAACCACCAACGCUCACCCAUCCAACAGGACAACAUCGGCUAACUCCAUCAACACAGUUGCAAACGCAAUACAAUCCUCCACCACACUAACAACCAUCAUCGACAAUACACUACAGGAAAACAACACUAGUACUCCAACAGCUAGCACCGCACAGCCAAGCACCACACCAUCAAGCACCACACUUCCAAGCACCACAUCUGUAAGUGCCAUACUACCAAGCACCACACCAUCAAGUACCACACUUCCAAGCACCACACUGCUAGUCACUGCAGCACCAGGCACCGCACCAUCAGGCAACACACUACAAAGCACCGCACCUCCGAGCACCACACCUUCAAGCAUCACACCAUCAAACAUCACACCAUCAUUAAGCAUCACAUUAUCGGAUAACACCAACAUCGUAUCCACCAGCAUAGCCACUACCAAUACCAGACGUUCCACUAAAAAGAGGAAAGCGACGCAGAGUUUGGAGAAGAGUAAGGAUGAUACAGAGGAUGAAAACUGUGAAGCGGGUCUUUGCCAGCUGGUUCCUGAAAGGAAAAAGAGGAGAGAUGAACGGGGUGAAAACCAACAAAAUUGGGUUUACUGCGAGGGCUGCUUUAAAUGGUUUCAUUUUGAAUGUGUUGGAAUAGAGAGAGUUCCGGAUGGACCGUACUUUUGCGGUUGCAAGACGAAAGAACUUAACCCGUCGAAUUAUGAUCCAUCCGGAAUGUCACUUUUUCAAUCUCCGGAACUCGCAGGUUUGAAGGACCACCUUAAGAAUAUCCUUUACGGGAACACCGCCAGCGCUAGGCAUGCCCUUUUUUAACGCCAGAAAGGAACAUGAAGUUCUGAUACACAGUUGUGACUGUAUCAGUUAUUUUACCGGGUCAAAGGUAUGUGCUAAAUUGUUGA